UCUCGUUGACCCGGGCGCUAGGGCGCGGAAUGGCCGCCGCCACCGUCUAACGCAGGGGCCGCGCUGCCGCCGCCAUGGGCCGGGAGUCGAGGCACUACCGGAAGCGCUCGGCGUCGCGUGGGCGCUCUGGCAGCCGCUCUCGGAGCCGUUCUCCCUCGGACAAACGGGGCAAACGUGAGGACAGACGCUCCAGGAGCAGAGACCGAGACCGCCGGCGGGAGAGGUCACGCAGCAGGGACAAGAGGAGGUCUCGAUCCCGCGACAGAAAGCGCCAGAGACGCUCAAGAAGUAGAGAAAGAGAGAGGAGCAGAGAGAGGAGACGAUCCCGGAGCCGAGAGAGGAGACGGUCCAGAAGCAGAAGUAGAGGCAGACGUUCUAGAUCCUCCAGCCCAAGCAAGAACAGGAAAACAGAAAACAGAUCAAGAUCUAAAGAGAAGACAGAUGGCGUGGAAGUUUCCAAAGAGAAGAAAAAAGAUGACAAAGAGGAAGAGAAGGAUAAAGAUGCUACCACAAAUACUGUGGCCUCUGAGAAUUUUGAUCAGAACAAACUAGAAGAAGAAAUGAGAAAACGAAAAGAGAGAGUGGAGAAAUGGAGAGAAGAGCAACGCAAGAAGGCAAUGGAAAACAUAGGAGAGCUGAAAAAAGAAAUUGAAGAGAUGAAACAGGGAAAGAAAUGGAGUUUAGAAGAUGAUGAUGAUGAUGAAGAGGAAACUGCAGAAGGAGAGAAAGAAGGCCAUGAGGUUGAAGAUGAAGAGUUAGAUCCUUUGGAUGCUUACAUGGAAGAAGUAAAAGAAGAGGUCAAGAAAUUCAAUAUAAAAAGUGUGAAAGGUGGAGGGAGUGAAAAGAAAUCUGGACCAACUGUUACCAAGGUAGUAACUGUGGUGACAACCAAAAAGGCAGCUGCAGAGUCAGAGAAGAAGAAAGGGGAGCUCAUGGAGAAUGACCAAGAUGCAAUGGAGUAUUCCUCAGAAGAGGAGGAAGUUGAUCUUCAGACUGCCCUGACUGGCUAUCAGACCAAGCAGAGAAAGCUGCUUGAACCAGUGGAUCAUGGAAAGAUAGAGUAUGAACCUUUCAGGAAAAACUUCUAUGUUGAAGUACCAGAACUGGCUAAAAUGACUCCAGAAGAGGUGAAUGUGUACAGGCUGGAGUUGGAGGGAAUUACAGUCAAGGGAAAAGGCUGCCCCAAACCAAUAAAAACCUGGGUCCAGUGUGGUAUUUCCAUGAAAAUUCUCACUGCUCUCAAAAAACAUGGCUAUGAGAAGCCCACUCCCAUCCAAACCCAGGCUAUCCCAGCAAUCAUGAAUGGAAGGGACUUGAUUGGCAUUGCUAAAACAGGAAGUGGAAAAACUAUUGCCUUUCUGCUGCCCAUGUUCAGACACAUUAUGGAUCAGAGAGCAUUAGAAGAAGGAGAAGGACCCAUAGCUGUCAUUAUGACACCUACUCGUGAGUUGGCUUUGCAGAUUACCAAGGAAUGUAAGAAGUUCUCAAAGACACUUGGGCUUCGAGUUGUCUGUGUUUAUGGAGGAACAGGAAUCAGUGAACAGAUAGCUGAACUCAAAAGAGGUGCUGAAAUUAUUGUUUGCACACCUGGGCGUAUGAUUGACAUGUUAGCAGCUAACAAUGGUCGGGUGACAAAUCUCCGUAGAGUCACAUAUGUUGUACUUGAUGAAGCAGACAGAAUGUUUGACAUGGGUUUUGAGCCUCAGGUCAUGCGCAUUGUAGACAACGUCAGGCCUGACCGUCAGACUGUCAUGUUCUCUGCUACCUUUCCCAGAGCUAUGGAGGCAUUAGCUCGGAGAAUCUUGAGUAAACCCAUAGAGGUGCAGGUUGGAGGCAGAAGUGUGGUCUGUUCUGAUGUGGAGCAACACGUUAUUGUAAUAGAAGAGGAGAACAAGUUUUUGAAAUUACUGGAACUCCUGGGACACUAUCAGGAGAAAGGAUCAGUUAUCAUAUUUGUAGAUAAACAAGAACACGCUGAUGGGUUGUUGAAAGAUUUAAUGAGGGCCUCUUACCCUUGCUUGUCUCUUCAUGGAGGUAUUGACCAGUAUGACAGGGACAGCAUAAUUAAUGACUUCAAGAAUGGAAUUUGCAAACUUUUGGUGGCCACAUCUGUAGCAGCAAGGGGCUUGGAUGUAAAACAAUUAAUGCUGGUGGUCAAUUACAGCUGUCCCAACCAUUAUGAAGAUUAUGUGCACCGAGCAGGUCGAACUGGACGAGCUGGCAAUAAAGGCUAUGCAUAUACAUUCAUUACUGAGGAUCAGGCACGCUAUGCUGGUGAUAUCAUUAAGGCUUUGGAAUUGUCUGGGAAUCCAAUUCCUGCUGACUUGGAGAAGCUCUGGGCUAACUUCAAAGACCAACAGAAGGCUGAAGGAAAACUGAUUAAAAAAAGCAGUGGAUUCUCUGGCAAAGGUUUUAAAUUUGAUGAAACAGAACAGGCUUUGGCUAAUGAAAGAAAGAAACUACAAAAAGCAGCUCUUGGCUUGCAAGAUUCAGAUGAUGAAGAUACAGCUGUUGAUAUUGAUGAACAAAUUGAAAGCAUGUUCAAUUCCAAGAAAAGAGUAAAAGACAUGGGAACACCAGGAACUUCAAAUGCUCCAACACCAUCAGCUGGAAAUGCAGAAAAAUUGGAAAUUGCUAAAAGAUUGGCUUUGAGAAUCAAUGCCCAGAAGAAUCUUGGAGCAGAAGCACAAGUAUUUGUCCCCUUCCACUUUAAGGAUGUGAUGCAGCAAGCUACAAAUGCUAUCCUGAGAGGAGGCACAAUUCAAGCUCCUACUGUAUCUGCCAAGACCAUUGCAGAGCAGCUGGCUGAAAAGAUCAAUGCUAAGCUCAAUUAUGUACCCAUAGAGAAGCAGGAGGAAGAGAAACAGGAUGGAGGACAAAAUGAAUCCUUUAAGAGAUAUGAAGAAGAAUUGGAGAUCAAUGAUUUUCCACAGACUGCCAGAUGGAAAGUUACCUCCAAAGAAGCGCUGCAGAGAAUCAGUGAAUAUUCUGAAGCUGCUAUUACAAUCAGAGGAACUUAUUUCCCUCCAGGCAAAGAACCCAAGGAAGGAGAACGAAAGAUUUAUUUGGCUAUAGAAAGUGCCAAUGAACUGGCAGUACAGAAAGCAAAGGCAGAAAUCACACGGCUUAUAAAAGAGGAGCUCAUCAGAUUGCAAAAUUCAUACCAACCAACCAACAAAGGAAGAUACAAAGUUCUAUGAGUGUUUGGAAUCACCUGUCUGCCAGUGGCUGGGUUGUUGUCUUUAAUACUGUUAGGACUUGGCUUUAAGUAAAAAGGAAUAAUGAUAUUUAAGAGUGAAUUCCACAGCUAUUGACUAUCAUUGGAGUCAUUAAGCUACAGGAACAGGGAAGACCUUUCUUUUUGAGGUCUCAUCCCCAUAACCAUCAGUACUAACCAUGGACACUUAACUACUCUUAAGCAUUUAACUUCCCUCUUCACUUAUCUGGAGCCUAAGUGGUAGCAAGUUGAAUCCUCUCACUCUAGCAGCUCCAAAACGUUCAAGAUGAUGACUUCCAAAAGGACUUUUGUAGAAAGCUUUUCUUACCUGACACAUUGAGAAGAAAUGUGUCAUUUUAAAACAGCUCUGUAUAUACUGCUUUAACCCUGGUGAAGACAAAUCAUGCAACCUGCAUCACAGCUGUAUAAUUUUACAUCUAUUUCCCAGCUUCAGGUAAUUUAAAUGACUAUUUCUGUUUACAUCUGUGUUACUCUAAUGUCAAUGUACCUUAUUUGCAGUACAGGAAAGGAAUGCUUAUGCCAACAGUACUCAUUUAGGGUAAGAACACUCAAUACUUGCCAAUAUUAAUGCAUUGAGCAGAGCAAAGAAGCACACACAACACUUCUCAAAAAUGAAAACAGAAAUCUCAAACUAAGGCUCUGUGGUUCCCUUUAAAUACAUCAGGUUUCUUUCCUUUAAGAACUGAGGUUUUUCUGUGUUUCAUACAACUUUUGUUGAAUUGUCUGACUUUUUGACAGUGUCCCCCCAGAAGAGUGACAGAUUUUGAUGUAUGUAAUGAAGAGCACUUUCAAGUUUGGAGAGUCUGACGCUUCUUUUAAACCUUGUUUCAAAAUGUUCAUAUAUAUAUUGGGAUCUCCUUAAAAAAGGCAUGAUGGAGACAUUUUUGUGAUUUCCAGCUUUGCACUGUUGGAUUUCAGAGAUGCAACAAUGUAUAAUCUUUAACUUCCUGGGGUUUUUAAAUGCAAUGUCAAUAUUCCUAUGUUUUUUUAAUUCCAGCAAAAAUAAAAAUAAUUUC